CUUCUGCAGUUCACUCGGCAGCAACACAGCACACAACAGGCUUCCUCAGUUUUCUAAUCAGACUCGGGCUGUGACCGCGCAGUCACAGAAAUCCUCAGGUGAUUAAAGCGGGUCCAACUUUCCCACAGCUUUCUGUCCGGGGAGAUCUGAGGAUCACAGAGGGACAAGAUGUUGAGGCGAAGGCCGUCAAAUGCCUCAGAGAAGGAGCAGGUGCAGAAGAAGAAGCUCACCCUGCAGAGGUCCAGCAGCUUCAAGGAUUUCAUGAAGCCCAAGCCUACCUCUCCUGUUGUGUCAGAGAAGGAGUUCAGCUUGGAGGAGAAUGUAGCAGAUGGUGUGACUACAGAGGAAGCAGUGAAAAGUGGCAGCAAACUGGGGAAGAAGUGGCGCAAUGUCAUUUCACGCACCAUGACCCGCAAAACGUCCAAGAUGGUGCAGAAGGCUUUAGCUGAAGAAGGGGGGGAGAGCGGUGAAGAGCUGUCUCCUGUCCCUUCCGACUGGCUUCCAGAUCUGAGUGCAGGCCAGAGGACGUCGGUGUGCUCCACAGGCUCGGAGGACACCAUGCCCAGCCCCAUCAGCCGCCAGCUCUCUGGCAACAGCGACAGACAGAGCCUGGACAGUGGAUAUAGCCAGAGGGACAGCAUGCGACUGGAGGAGAACGGCAUUGCUUACAACGGCCCGUUCUGCGGCCGCGCUGUGGUCCACACCGACUUCACCCCCAGCCCCUACGAUGUGGAUUCGCUAAAACUCCAAAAAGGGGACAUCAUCCACAUCAUCGAGAAGCCCCCCGUGGGCACCUGGACCGGGAAGCUCAACAACAAGGUGGGCUCCUUUAAGUUCAUUUAUGUGAACCUCCUGCCCGACGAAAGCCCCCCGACCAGGAGGAAACGCUGCAGCAGAAAAGCCAACCGAGCCAAAUCCAAACCCAAAUCCCUGGAGGAAGUCCUGGACAGCAUCGGCCUGAUGGAGCUGAGUUCUUUGCUGUCCAUGCAUGGUUUCCAGACUCUGGAGGACUUUGCAGGGCUGAAGGAGUCUCACCUGAAUGAGCUGAACAUCACAGACCCAGAGCAGCGCUCCAAGAUCCUGAACGCCACUGAGCUGUUGAGAGACUCUGAAGAAGAGUCAGAGCCAGAAGAGGGGGAGAAGGAGAAGGAGGAAACAUCUGGGGAGGACGCCAAGGAGCCGCGGGAUUCGGGUUGUUUUGAGAGCUCAGAGAAUCUGGAGAGUGUACGCGAGGAGCCAAAGAUGGAGGAAGAGGUAGAGAACCAUGAGCCGGAGUCCGAGCAGCCACAAGAGAGCCAGACGGAGCAGCUGGAGAAUGUGCAGGAGCAGCUGCAGGAGCUGACAGUGGACGAAGGAUCCUGAGACGUGAUGGACAACUUGUCAAACUUCUCUUACUCCUGGUCCUCUGGGUUUCUGUGCAUGCAGAUUUAAUCCCACUGAAAUAUCUCUUCAUGGUAGAAGAGCAGACUGUAUGAACACAAUAGUCACAUAGCCAUGGACUGUUGAGCAAGUGGCACAGUUUUGGUUGUUUCAUCUGUCCUAGCUGGACACAUUAUUUUAAAUGAAUGUUUUUUUGUAUUGUGUUGUUUGAUUUAUAAAGUUGUUUGUCAUCAUUUAUCAUAAUGUAUCUGAGCGUAAUGGUACAUAUUAAAACCAUUUUCAUGGGACGUAGUCUCUGAGACUACGUCUAAGAAUGUAAAAUACUUAAAUGUAACUUGAAUACAACUGCUGCAAGUUAUAAUGUAUAUUACAGCAGUUUUUUCAUGCUAUUAGGAUGCAGUGUUGUAAAUAUUAAAAAAUUAAAGAAAAUUUGUCAUCAAGAUGUGGAUUCUGUAAGCUGUUAAUUGCUACUGUUUCACAUUUCUUUUCAAUAGCUGUCUGUGAGUCUGUCGGCGCACACACUGUAUCCAGAGGCUUUUGCAAAGUUAUCAUCAUUUCAUCAUUUGUGAAGCAAAUAGUUUUGCUUGCCAUGUUUCAAUUUAAUUUUCAAUUUUAAUGUUUACUUUCUUUUUUUUUUAAACAUUUGGUUUUACUUUUAGUUAUCCGAUUAGUUUGUAUUAGUUUUAUUUUAAUAGGCACUCACAUAAAAGUACAAGUUUCAGGUUGGACUCUCUUUUGCUUUCAGAGCUGCUUUCAUUCUUGAAGCCACAGAUUCAGCAAAGUGUUGGAAACAUUCGUCACAGGUUUUGAUGCGUACUGACACGACAGCACCAGAGAGUUGCUGCAGAUUUCCUGGCUGCACAUCCAUGAUGCCAAUCUCUUGUUCCGCUACAUCCCAAAGGUACUGUGUUGGAUUGUGAUCUUGUGACAUCACCACCACCAGCCUGAACCGUUGAUGCGUGGCAGGAUGGAUGCAUGCCUUCAUGCUGUUCAUGCGAAAUGCUGAUGCUGUCAUCCAAACAUUGCAGGAGAAAUUGAAACUCGUCACCCAGGCAACAUCUUGACCCCAUAUGAAUUGUGGUCUGAUAAGAGUUCCACCUGGUGUGGUCUUCUGCUGCUGGAUCUCCUUCAACAUGCUCACAUUUUGGUUGAAACAACUGGUUGCAACUGAUUAGUUUUCCAUCAACUAUAAGCAGUGUGGCCAAUCUUCUCUGGCAUCAACAAACCCUUUUUAAGCUCAGAAAACUGACGCUUGUCUUUUUUCAGACCAUUCUCU